AUGUAUUUUAUAUGCGCCUACCCUUCAUUCCACCCUUUUGAAAGAACAAAUUCACAUCUUUUUUUUUCAAUCACGAUCGCAAUAUCCAGCCUAAUCCAGUUCUUUAUUCUUACAUUUAUCAAUAUCUACACCGACCAACUUCGUUUCUUUCUCUUCCGUCUCUACGUUUUCUUCGUUUUUUUUUUUCUGUCUAUCUUUUCAAUUGUAUUUCCUUUCAAUUUCUUCUUUUCUUCAUUAAACAGUUGGAAGAACAAAAAUCAUGAUGAAACCAUACUUUUGCAUCUUUAUUCGUUAAUUAUUCUUUUAAAUUUUCAUUAUGAACUUCCUACCAUCCGCAUGUCUACUUUUACAUAUGGCAUUUAUUUUUUUUAUUUCUUUCGUCUUCUCUUAAUUCGUUUACUUUCUCUUCCAUUUCUCUCAGUUGUUUUCCCUGUGGUUUCUCGUCUGCCAAUCACAAUUCUUGUUUUAUCCGUUCUUUCUCCUCCUCCUCUCAAUUUUUUAUCUGUUCUUUCUCCUCUUCCUCUCAAUUCUUUUAUCCGUUCUUUCUCCUCCUCCUCUCAAUUUUUUAUCUGUUCUUUCUCCUCUUCCUCUCAAUUCUUUUAUCCGUUCUUUCUCCUCUUCCUCUCAAUUCUUUUAUCCGUUCUUUCUCCUCUUCAUCUCAAUUUUUUAUCCGUUCUUUCUCUCCUCUUCCUCUCAAUUCUUUUAUCCGUUCUUUCUCCUCUUCCUCUAAAUUCUUUUAUCCGUUCUUUCUCCUCUUCCUCUCAAUUCUUUUAUCCGUUCUUUCUCCUCUUCCUCUCAAUUCUUUUAUCCGUUCUUUCUCCUCCUCCUCUCAAUUCUUUUAUCCGUUCUUUCUCCUCUUCCUCUCAAUUCUUUUAUCCGUUCUUUCUCCUCUUCCUCUCAAUUCUUUUAUCCGUUCUUUCUCCUCUUCCUCUCAAUUCUUUUAUCCAUUCUUUCUUCUCUUCCACUCAGUUCUUUUAUCCGUUAUUCGUCUUCCUCUCAAUUCUUUUAUCCGUUCUUUCUUCUUUCUCUCAGUUUUUUUUAUCCGUACAUUCUAGUCUAUACUUAGCGCCUCUUUUAUUCAUUCUCUCUCGUCUGCUUCUCUCAAUUCAUUUAUUCCUUCUUUCCCAUCUACUCUCUCAAUUCUUACAUCCGUACUUUCUUGCUAGCGUCUCUCAUUUAUUCUUUAUCCGAUCUUUCUCGUCUGCCUGUUUCAAUUCUCUCAUUAAUUCUUUGUCUUUACUCUGUCAAUUCAUUUUUUAUCCGCAUUUACUCGCCUGCGUCUUUCACUUCUUCUUUUAUCUGAUCUCUAUCGUUUAUCUCUCUCAUUUAUUUCAUCCGAUCUCUCUAGUUUGUCUCUCUGAGUUCUUAUUUUAUUCGAUCUUUCUUAUUUGUCUUUCUCCAUUCUUCCGUUCUUUUUCCUCUUUCUUUCUCUCUCGCAACUCUUCUUUCAUUUGUUCUUCCUCGUCUGACUUCGUCAAUUAUUCCAUUCAUUCUUUCUCGUUUUUUAUCCGCCCUUUUUCGUCUGCCUCUUUUAUUUUUUCUUUACCCCGGUCUUUCUCGUCAGCUACUCCCAAUUCUGAUUUUAACAAAACAUCCUUGGCUACCACAGAUCUUCUUCCAUUGGUCCAUUCAUUCGUUUUCCUUUUCUUCUCUCAAUUCUAUUUUCAUCCUUUCUUUCUCGUUUUCAUCUCUCAUAUUUUAUCAUAUAUUUCUCGUCUGCAUCUCUCAAUUAUUUUAUUCAGUCUUUCUCAUUUAUUUCACUCAGUUCUUUUUUUAAUUCGUUCUUUCCCUUUAUCGCCUUCCCAUUUUUUUUUCUUGUUCGCUCUUUCUCGUCUGCCACUCUCACUAGAUCUAUCUAUCUAUCUAUCUAUCUACACCCUUGAUAGUCUGUCUUUCUCAACCUGCUCAUAUCUAUCUAUCUAUCUAUCUAUCUAUCUAUCUAUCUAUCUAUCUAUCUAUCUAUCUAUCUAUCUAUCUAUCUAUCUACAUCCUUAUCAGGAGAGUUUCCAGGCCAGUCUAUCUAUCUCAGCCUGUUCAUAUCUAUCUAUCUAUCUAAAUAAGGACAAUAAUAACACUGUACCAUUCUCUUGUGGAAUUAUUCUUUUUCUCCUUUUGGCGUUAUUCAUUUCCCGUUUCUACUACGUUUGCGAAAAUAUUCUUCUCUCUUUUCGACAGGAUUUUUCUUUCUUUUUACAUUAUUCAUCUCUAGUCGAUAUUCUUCUUCACUCUUUUCGACGUUCUGUUUCUCCCUUUCAGCGUCAUUUUCUCUCUUUUCAUAACCUUCUCUCUUCUGAUAUCCUUCUCUCUUUCACCAUUAUUCUUCUUCUCCCUUUUUGCUUUAUUAUUCUCUCUUUAGGCUUUAUUCUUCUCUCUUGUCGCAGACUAAUUCUGCUUCAUUUUUGUGCUUUAUUCUUCUCUCUUUCCAUUAAUUCUCUCUUUUUGACAUCCUUCUAUCUUUCAGAAUUCUGCUUCAUUUUUGUGCUUUAUUCUUCUCUCUUUCCAUUAAUUCUUUUUGACAUCCUUCUAUCUUUCAGAAUUCUGCUUCAUUUUUCUGCUUUAUUCUUCUCUCUUUCCAUUAAUUCUCUCUUUUUGACAUCCUUCUAUCUUUCAGAAUUCUGCUUCAUUUUUGUGCUUUAUUCUUCUCUCUUUCCAUUAAUUCUCUCUUUAUGA